AUGUCCUCGGUUCUUACGCGGUCCUUUUCGAGUUGCGCUGGCAAGUUGGAGGAGACGAGAGAGUUGAUCAAGCGCGACCUUGAAACCGCCAGGAAGCACCGAAUUGAACUUAGGAAAACAAUCGAUGAUGACCUCAAGAGAGUGGAAAAGGAAAGGGCGGAACUGCUCGGUAUCGUGGAGGAGCAGGAGGCAAAAAUCAAUAGGUCUGUACGAGAGUUUGAAGAAGUUCGGUCGCGCAGAGAGUGGCUAAAGAAAGAACACGACGAGGCUGUUAAACGGUACGUGAAAAUGAGCGACACGGUAACUUUCAUCAAAGAGGGAGAUAAACGACUACAAGACCGGACGGACUUUGAGGCUGUGUUAGAAGAAGAGAACACUACGUGGGCAGACCGUGAGCGGCAACUCAUUGCUUCCGUUUCAACUCAUAACACUACUCUGAAGCAGGCGAGAAAGGAGCGCCGGAAGGAGGUAGAAACGCUAGAAACGGAGCUGGCAGAGAUGACGAAGAAGUUGGAGCAGGAACGGAUUGCGCGCCGGGAGGAUUUACAACAGGAAUCGCAGGGUCUCCUAAGGAGCCGUCGGGGGACGCCACAACCCCCUUCGCAACGCCCAACCGUAGCGGCGGUCCACACACAGGCUUUCGAACCGUUGGAAGCAAACCGGAAGGAGCAACAGUUUAUCGCCAUUAACAAGUCAUCGUGUCUCCCGACGCGGCAGAUCCGUUCGUGUUUUAAGAACAACAACUCCACAGGGGGGAAUCGCUUUUCCAAUGAAUUAGAGACCGGUAGAAACACUGUGGCCAACCGCCGCCGUAGCACCAAUGGCAGCGGAUCCACAGGACAGGGUGUGUCACAACAUUUCCAUUCCGCUCCCGUAUCGCGGGCGACAUCACAGUCCUUAGUAAGUGGGGACUCAGAGAACAUUGUCAAAAUCCGGGGCGCAGCCUCUCAGAGGGCGUUUUCGUACGCAGAUACCAAAAGGGUGGCGGGGAGGAAGCAUGAGUUGCUUCGAGACUCCACGAACAUCUGA